CAGCACCGCUCCCGCGAUCCACAAACCGGCCUCAAGACUCCCGUCCCAGAUGGCUCCGCCGAUAAGAAGUCUGCUUCUCCCUUCUACUUCGCCGCGGGCUACGCUGGCUGGGCGAAACGACCGUCUCGACCUUUCCCUCCGCCGUUCUUCUCGCCUCCUUCCGGCUCCUUCUCCGAUCCGCUUAGCACCACCCACCGAUCGAUGGACCGCCGGCCGAAAGUCGACGGACAGAUGAUAAGAGGCGUUACGAAUGGCGAUGAUGCGAUGCUGGUGUCUGAGACGUUGAUUGCGACGAAUGACGGUGUAGGAGCUUGGGCGACAAGAGAAAGAGGAUGCGCUCCGCUGUGGAGUCGGCUGAUUGCGCAUUUCAUGGCACUUUCGGCGGAGAAGGCGUUGUAUGCGGGCGGAGAGGAUGGAGAGCCAGAGCCGGUGAAGUGGCUGGAAGAGGCGUAUGAACACACCAAGGCCGCGUUGAGCGAGCCGAAUGAGUGGCAUGGGACGACAACCACGAGUGCGGCGUUGCUCCAUUGGAAGGACGACAAGCCGCUUGUGUAUGUGACACAGUUGGGCGAUUGCAAGGUCUUGGUGGUUCGGCCGCAGGAGAGUGGAGAAGGAGAGGUGCUCUUUUCAAGCGUGGAGCAGUAUCAUUACUUUGAUUGUCCUCGACAGCUGGGAACCAACAGUCCGGAUACCCCAGAAGGGAAUGCAGUGCUGGAUAAAGUGGAUGUGGAGGAGGAUGAUGUGGUUUUGGCGUUGAGCGACGGAGUGACGGACAACUUGUGGGAAGAGGAGAUUUCAGACUACGCAGCAGGAGCGUUGAAGACUAUCAAGGAAAAGCAUGGACAUGACUUCGAUCUGCAGCAGGCGAUGAAGUAUGUGGCGCAGGAAAUUGUGCUGGCGGCGAGGAAGAUUGCGGAGGAUCCGUUCGCCGCUUCGCCAUUUAUGGAGAAGGCUGUUGAGGAGGGAUUGGCGAUUGAGGGUGGGAAGCCGGAUGAUAUCUCGGUUGUGGCUGCGAUUUGCAAGAGA